CCACGACACUUGAAUGGCAGUUCCUUUUUCUGAUCCAUUGCACCUUUGAGAAAGGUCCCAGUCUAAAACCAUCGGUUCAUCUCGAUUUGAGACCUGAAAUAUCCGCCAUGGAGCCCAAAAACAGUGAAGAUAUGUCAUUGCUGGAGCUUCAAGGUGUGACAAUUUGCUCGCGAUCUCGUUUUCACGCCAAAUAUCGAGCCAAACCUAGAACAAUCUCCACCAGCUACGAACUCCCGAGAUUCCCAAUCUCUACCUCUCCGACCGAGUUUUCAACAGGGUUUCUCUGGAAUCGACAUUCUCGACCCUUGUGGCCCAAAACCCCUCCAACUAUUCCCAGCAAUGAUCGACACAUUGAUCCAAAAGUCCUGGCCCUCACCUUCAAGGACAUUGUGGGUCCUGCUCCUAUCGUACAGAGGCCCUACGACACCUUAAACAAUCCUUAUCCUUACGGCUGUUCCAAAUUAUGCAAUCAUCCAAUCGACACAGAGCUCAGAAGAGCGUACACUGAAGUUUUGGAACGUGCCAAGGAGAAUUGGGCGAUGGAAACUCGAAGUUUGUUGCUCCCUGAUGAAGAAGACGCCAUUAGGGAGGGGUUCUACAAAAGCACCAAGAGUGAUGGUCCGGAUGUUAAUGACAAUUUCGAGUCCAGGAAGGACAACUUGCAACGAUCCUUGAGCUCGGACGAUUCUGCAGAGAGCGAUUUCGAAAGCGUUCAUUUCGAGGAGGAUGAGGACAAGAUCCCCGAGGAGUUGCUUUUGAAAUAUACCAAUCCGGAUCACGACCCACAACUCAAACCUGAAGAAAACGAUUGCAAAACAGAUCAGACCAGCUCCAAAGACACGAACUCUGUGGAUAAACAGGUCGACGAUAGGAAACACAUAAUCUUGGACUUGAGGCGAGAAAGCAAGACUUUGCUGAAUGAGCCCUCCAAGAGAUCUAGCACUCCACCUGAUGGCAAACCCGAAACCACCGAUAACCAACAAGGAACAUCGAAAGACAACAAGGGCAAGAAACCAUUGAGUAUGCAAUCUAACAGUCACUCUGGAGAUGAAAAGACUCCUAAGAUUAGCAGUGGUGAUGCCGCCAGCAUGAAUGACUCUCAGAAUGGCCUCAUAUCAGACGACGCCAACAAAUUGGUAAAGAAACUUGGCAAGAGGAGAGUGGUCAAACCCAAAGUUAAGGCUGAGUCAUUCAUUGAAUGUGAUUUUGUUCCCUUGGAACCCGAACAGACGCAGGUUCAAACCGAGGCUCGUCAAGGUCUCGAGGGCUUAGGAUUCAACCAUCUAGGACCAUUGCAUCCUUUGAGAGCAACAGCCUUGAGGGACAUCCGUCGGAAGUUUUCCAACGACCUCGAUAUUGAUAAUCCCAUUGAAAGGCAAGCAUUGUUGGCUUUGGAAGCCCAAAUGGAAAGUGACUCUGUCGAGUCCAAGUUUGACGCUUGGGGGAUACCUAAAAUCCUCAUAAUUUCUGGAAGGCCUCACGGGCCAGGGAACCUCGAGGAAUCUGAGGACGCCUUGACCAAGAAAUUGGCUCUCAAAUUAGGCAGGGACGUUUCCAAGGCCCGAGAGGAAAUAGGGAAUCUAGCACUGGAGCUUGGACUAGACAAGGAAGAUAAACAUGACGAGGACGAAAAUCGAUACUUCUGGCUGAGCUUGCCUCGAGUGUUUUCGUUUCGUUCAUCACGUUUCGAAUUACCCGUGAGCAUCAGCCAAUUGGCGGAUAUGAGUCCUGUGGAAUAUUUAUCUCGCCACGUGGCUAUCACUCCAGCUCGAAGGCACCUUUACAAUCAAGUCUUUGUUCGCCAUAGGAGCUUAAAGGACGGACUUUUGACAGACGAGACAACGAUAAAGGCCUUGGACGAGGUUAUGGGCGGGAAGCUCACUCCUACUCAACAGGGUCGGAUUUGGGAGAGCUUAGGGAUUGUCUUGAAACCCCACAUCGUGACUGCCUUUGAGUACAAAGAAUUCGCGGGGAUAGCUGCGUUUGUGGAACGAAUGCUCGGACCCGAAUUCAGUUCCAUGUCGGAUUCAUCUAAAUCUGAAAUAGAAAUCGCUGACUUCGAUCGAUUGCUCUCGAAACUGGAACCGUUACGGAUGAGAUCCGCAUCUUUGAAGGCUUUACUCAUCACGAUUCGCAAUUCGGGAAUGCCAACCAGCCCUCCUUUGGAUGUGAAGUUUCUGCGAUCUCGGGCUGGUACCAAUAAAAACCCGGAAAUGGUCCAUCCGACAAGAACCUUAUAGAGCCAAUUGAAAGAUCAUUAAAAAAGUUCAAAGAUGGGUGUUUUUGGAUGUUCUUUCCAAGCGCUGUGUUGAAGAGGCACUAGUAUGUCAAUCAUAUGCUAAGUUUUGGGUGCUAAUCAAGAUAUCAGUAUAUACUUUUGUUGCUCAUGCGCUUAAAAUCUUACCUUUAGCCAAUCAGAGUUGAGAACUUCAAGCAAUGCAGCAAUAAGUUAAUAUAUUCAAUGGGCAAAGUUUUGGAGCAAGGAAGCGCCACUUUUUUGUAAUCAGCAAACCUUUCCCACCAAAUGAUGCCUAAACUAAUGAUGCUGAUUUUUUCUAAUGCCCAUUAUUGGCAUACAUAUUGUUCAAAGAGUGUGGCUAGUAUUAUUUUUGUAACCAUUUUAGGUGCU